AUGUUUUCUCAAUACGCAAAAGACUUUUUGAAUAGAAAUAGAGAGUCUACUUCCUCCGUUUCGUCUCAGGAACCGGGAAUAUCAUUGUUUUAUUCGGUUCCUACGUUACCAGCAGAAGCCGAGAUUCGCGAAUCUAUUUCGUUACAAACUUCGCGAGUGCUUUACAAUCAAUAUGACGACGACGACGAGUAUCAAGAUCAAGGAUCUGAACCUGAUGCAACGUUCUUAACAACAGUUCCAUUAACGACUCACCAAACCACACAGACUGCGGCAGAGAUCUAUCGCGAUGUUCCUUCCGCGAUCGCAACUAGAAUUUCCAACAAUACUAUGUCCGAGGGAUUACUUCCUUCGUCUUCGAUACCACCACCUCUGUUAUCGGGGCUUUCACAUCGCAAAUUUAAAGAUCCAGUUUUUGCGGUUUUGUUUAUUAUUGGAUUGACAGCAAUGACCAUAACAGGCGUCGCCUUAUUAUUCACGACUAGUUCAUAUCCAUUCAAAGACCCUAGCAUUAUUCACAAAUCAGUGUUUUUUGUUAUUCGCGAUAGUUCAUCAUUUUCUUUAUGUUCAAGUCUUGCUUGGUUAUUUUUUAUACUCUCAUUUGUUCAGCCUUUAGUAUGGGGAAUGUUAAUAUCUGUUCCUUUUGUGUUUGCUGCGAUGUUUGUUUGGGCUUUUGCGACAGCUUUAACUGGGCCACUUAGGGAAUCUGGAAAUCCAGACCCACAGGAUAAUUGGCUCUUGACUCUGUCAUUUAUACCAUUAUUUAUAUCUUUCGGAUCUGUUAUAUUUUUAUAUACUCGUAGGAAAAGUGUUAAAAAGACAAUAAGCAUAAUCGAGCUUGCCUGUGAAAUACUGAAUGCCAACCGUCGAGUGUUUAAUAUUUCAUUAAUUAUAUUGGGAGUUUAUAUUUCAUUCACAAUAAUAUGGUUGAUAUUUUUCAGUCGAAUAUUUUUAUUUGGCCAUACUGUUCAAACAGCAUCAAGUACAUGGAUGUUUUAUCAGAAUUUGUAUUUACAAAUAUUUUUUGUAUUUAUGUAUCUAUGGACAUCUGCUGUAUUAUACAAUAUUCAAAGAGUGACCCUAUCUGGAGUCGUAUCUGAUUGGUAUUUCUACAGACAUGAAAUAGAACAAUAUUCAUCGCAGGAUACGUCAGAUUUGGCGCUUAGUAGGGCCACUGCAAGUUCAUUGGGAACAGUAUGCCUUGGUGGACUUAUUCUAUCUACCGUUCGAAUUUUACAAUAUAUAAACGAAUUUGCUAAAAAAAGAGUUUCUGCUCUUCAGCUGUGUUUACAACCAAAUUAUUUCGACGGAAUCUUGUCUUUGGAUUAG